AUGUAUUUACUUCCUGGUCUACACAGCCGUAUAUCAGAAGACACAUCUGCACGUAAUUUAACUAGUAUGACGAUGAUUAUUCACAAUACACAGUGUAUGGAUGAGGGAAACUAUGGCUGCAAAAUUGUUUACCUCAAUACUGACACAAGCAUGAGGAGUGCUAAAGAUAAUGCUCAAGUUCUCUACAUUAAAGUUCCACCAAGGUCUCCAGCCUUUACUACAGUACCACAGAAUGAAUUCCCUGAAGGAUCUUUUAUAAAUGUCAAGUGCAAUGCUAAUGUUGGUCGGCCAGGCAAGGGUUCGAUACAGUGGAGGUAUUACAGUAAUGGAGCUGAGACUACCACAAUCGUAAAUGCACAAGUUACAGAUACUCAGUCGACCCUGGUGUCAGGUGAUGACCCCUGUACAGAACGCUGGGACAGUAGAAUAAGUCUAGAGGCCGACAGAACCUUCCAGAACCUAAGCCUGGCCUGCUAUGUAGUGAACACAGACUUCCCCGUGACACAACCUGGAUGUAACAGUGAUAACUUGUGUAUUGAGACAGGUCCCAUCUCCAUAUUGUACGGUGUGUCUGGCAUUACAGUCAACAGUGCUCCCCAGUCUAUGAACUCUGAAGGUGGUACAACAACACUCACCUGUUAUGCUGAUGGUAAUCCUAAACCCAGCUACACCUGGACUAAAGAGGAUGACGUCAACAGGACAUUAACUGGCAUACAGGAUGGAGAUGUCUCUAAAAUUGUUCUGGCUAAUUUUAGAAGUGACCUGGAUGAUGGCACAUACAACUGCACAGCUUCGAAUGUUGUAGUGGGUACACUAUACACAAUAAGCCGGGAGGUUAAUGUGAAUGUUGUGGCUACGACUACAACUUAUCGUACAACAAAAACAUCAACAACCUCAGGUUUUUCCACCAAUGUGACCAAAGCUGUGAUAGCUGAUACCAGUCAAACAAGCGAGUACAUUUCUGUAUUGUUAGAAGUACUAAAAGUUUUUUGA